AUGGACAAUAAAGCGAUUUCUUCUUCUAUCCUCAGUACCUAUGCAACGGCUCGACUCAUGAUGAACAAUGAAUACAUCGUCCCCAUGACGGACGAGACCAAGUCCAUCACUCUGUUCCCCGACGAGACCAAGAAGCACGGCCUGCCAGGAAUCGGCCUGAGCACCUCUCUCCGCCCCAGAAUGCACUUCUCCUCGCCCUCCUUCAUCUGCAGCGGAGCCGACUGCUUCCAGUUCAGCCCGGAGUUUCCCCUGGAGGUCCUGAAGACCAAGACCAUAGAGAUGCUGACGGAGGCGGUGAGCGAGGGGAGUCUACACGUCAGAGAUCCUAUAGGGGGCAGCACCGAGUUCCUGUUCGUUCCUCUCAUUAAGUUGUUCUAUACGUUACUGAUCAUGGGAGUGUUCCAUAACGGAGACCUGAAGAACAUUCUACAGCUGAUAGAACCCAGCGUGUUCUCAGAGGGAGGGGACGCGCCCGCGGACACGCCCGCGGACACGCCCGAGAGUGAUGUCACUAAGGGAGGACGAGGAGGGGAGGGGCCUGGAGGAGAGGAGAGGGCGGGGAAGGUGCCUAAAGGACUGCUCCAGAUGAAACUCCCAGAGCCUGUCAAACUGCAGAUCAACAUGCUGCUGAGCUUUAAGGACGAGAAGGUGGACUGUCCCUGUCCAGAACACAUCAGAGAACAGCUUGUAGACUUCCAUGAGGACCUGAUGACACACUGUGGCACGUUGCAGCAGCUGAUCAGUGAGACCAUGGUACGCUGGGCCCAGGAGAGCAUCAUGGAGGACCCAGAGCUGAUCAGAGCCAUGUUUGUCCUACUCCACCGUCAGUACUGA